UAAAAGAUAAUGGUCGUAAAUCACAUUUACACUAGAAAAAAAAAAGAACGUGCUUCUUAAUCAAAAAGCAAGAACGAAGGAAAGAAAAAAAAAUCCGGCAUUCGCUGAAAAAAUGGAUGGUUGAUGAUUCAUCAUUCCCCUUGCAAUGAAGUGGGACUGGAAUCAUGACAGAGAAAUUUUUGGUGGGAGUUGGGCAUGCAUCAGCGAUGAGUGCGCGCAGCACCCGCGGCCAAAAGCUGAAGUCUCAGUUUAGUAGCACACCAAAAUCCAUCAGUAUCUCCAAAUUUAACAAAAUUAACUCAAAUCCCACUCUUCACCGCAUCACCAUGUGCCAAUUCUCUCCUUUUCCCGUCGAAACACAUGCCCUUUUCGCUCUGCUUCUGUUUAUGCUUUUCUUCGUGUAGAGCCUUGCCCCUUCUUUUUAUAUAAAAAAGUGAUUUUGUGGACUGUUUCUGACUUCUCAGGAAUCUAAUUUUAGCUAUGCCAUGGCCCCAGUUUGAGGAUUCUUAAUAGCUAUAAACGGUGUCAAUUAUUCCUUCAUUUCCAUCUCAAAAGUUAGUUCUUUGUGUUGGGUGGAAUGGGCCUAACAUGCUUUUUCAAACAAAAUUCUUGAAUUUUGGCACUUGUUUUUGUGGUUUGUUAUGGUGACUCCGUUUUAGGCUUGGUAGUUAUUUGGUUUUAUACCACUGAAGAUGAAUUUGUGGGUUGUGCUUUUGGCUCUGCUUUGUGUUGGGGGGUUUUCAGAGGAGGAAUCGAAUCCGGAUGAUGUGAAUAUAGGUGCCAUUUUCUCGUUCAAUACUAUAAAUGGAGGCGUGUCAAAGAUUGGAAUGGAGGCUGCUGUUGAAGAUGUCAAUUCAGACCCUACCAUUCUUGGAGGAAGAAAACUUGUUCUUUCAUAUCACGAUUCAAAUUUCAGUGGCUUCCUUGGUAUUAUUGGAGGACUGGAGUACAUGGAGACUAAUAAGGUUGCAAUUAUUGGACCACAAACCUCUGGGAUGGCACAUAUUCUAUCACAUAUUGCAAACGAACUCCAUGUGCCAAUGUUGUCGUUUACAGCGUUGGACCCCAGCCUUUCAUCGCUUCAAUACCCUUACUUCAUACAAACAGCACCAAAUGAUCUUUUCCAAAUGACAGCCAUAGCCGAUAUGAUUAGUUACUUUGGUUACAGAGAGGUGGUAACUAUUUAUACAGACGAUGAGCAGAGCCGUGGAAGUAUUAUAGCUCUAGGGGAUAAGCUUGCCGAGAGGCGUUGCAAAAUCUCUUACAAAGCAGUGCUUCCCCCCGAGGCCUUAGCAACUCGCAGAGAGAUCAGGGAUGCUUUAGUUGAGGUUUCGGUGAUGGAGUCCCGAGUGAUUGUUGUGCAUGCCUACUCUAUAAUUGGACUUCGAGUUUUUGAUCUGGCCAAUAAACUUGGCAUGAUGGGAAAGGGAUAUGUUUGGAUUGCUACUGCUUGGAUGUCCACUGUGUUGGAUUCGAGGCCUGUUUCUGGAGAAGCCGCUAAAUCCAUUCAAGGAGCGCUCACACUCCGACCCCACACUGUAGAUUCUAAGAGGAAAAGUGAAUUCUUGUCUAGGUGGAAAAGAUUAAGCAAUGGUUCUAUUGGCUUCAAUCCUUAUGGCUUAUAUGCUUAUGAUACUGUUUGGAUGGUUGCUAAUGCGGUAAAAUUGUUUCUGGAUCAUGGUGGCACCAUCUCUUUCUCAAAUGCCUCAAACUUGAGUCAUUUGGGAGGAGGGACCCUAAACCUUGGAGCAUUAAGCACAUUUGAUGGAGGGAGUCAACUGCUUCAUAACAUAUUACAUACCAAUAUGACAGGUUUAACUGGUCCGAUUGCCUUUGAUGUAGAUAAUAAAUCCAUAAUGCAUCCUGCAUUUGAUAUACUUAAUGUUGUUGGGGGGAGUUACAAGCAAAUAGGUUACUGGUCUAACUAUUCUGGCCUUUCGGUUGUGCCUCCAGAGGUUCUUUACACCAAAGAACGUAAUCGUUCAAGUUCUAGCCAGCAAUUAGACCGCACGGUGUGGCCAGGGCAAACUGUGGACAAGCCACGAGGGUGGGUUUUCCCACAUAAUGGGAGGCAGUUAAAAAUUGGAAUUCCAAACAGGGUCAGUUACAAAGCUUUUGUCUCGGAGGAUGAAAAAACCAAUGAGAUUGGUGGAUAUUGCAUAGAUGUAUUCCUUGCUGCCAUAAACUUGCUUUCAUAUGCGGUCCCUCAUAAGUUUGUCUUAUAUGGGGAUGGACACAAGAAUCCUAAUUAUGCAGAGCUCGUGAGGCUGAUCACAACCAAUGCCUUUGAUGCAGUCGUUGGUGAUAUAGCAAUCGUUACCAACCGUACCAAGAUAGUGGACUUCACUCAGCCUUAUAUAGAGUCGGGGCUGGUUGUUGUGGCGCCAGUCAGGAAAAUGAACUCCAGCCCUUGGGCUUUCAUGCGCCCUUUCAGUGCCUUGAUGUGGGUUGUUACAGCGGCGUUUUUCCUCAUUGUUGCAGUGGUGAUUUGGAUCCUCGAACACAGAAUAAAUGAUGAAUUUCGUGGUCCUCCAAAGAAACAGUUCCUCACAAUUUUAUGGUUUGGCUUUUCAACUAUGUUUUUUGCACACAGAGAAAAUACGACAAGUACUCUUGGUCGUAUGGUUUUAAUCCUCUGGCUUUUUGUGGUCUUGAUAAUUACAUCAAGCUACACUGCAAGCUUGACCUCAAUUCUCACCGUUCAACAAUUAGCCCCAACCAUUAGGGGGAUUGAGUCCUUGACCACAAGCAAUGACCAUAUCGGGUUUCAAGUGGGGUCCUUUGCCGAAAGUUAUCUAAGCGACGAGCUCAACAUUGCCAAAUCUAGACUUGUCCCUCUCGGUUCGCCGGAAGAAUAUGCAGAUGCACUUACCAGAGGAAGAGUUGCUGCAGUCGUGGAUGAGCGUCCAUACGUAGACUUGUUCCUCUCAAACUACUGCAUGUUCCAAACUGUUGGACAAGAGUUCACAAAAAGCGGUUGGGGAUUUGCAUUUCCAAGAGACUCUCCUCUAGCUAUGGACAUGUCCACUGCAAUUUUAUCUCUGUCGGAGAGUGGCGAACUUCAAAAGAUACACGACAGGUGGCUGAAUACAAGAACUUGCAGUCAGAAAAGCUCCGAUAACACUGAUCAACUUCACCUGAAGAGCUUCAGGGGGCUUUUCCUAAUAUGUGGAAUCACCUGCUUAGCUGCCGUCUUCAUCUAUUUCUGCUUGAUUUGCAGCAAGUUCCGGCGGCAUUCUCCUAAAUUGUCAGAAUCCUCCGCGCAAGCCAGUUCACCAUCUGUACGAAUAAGAAGAUUCUUGUCUUUUGUCGAUGAGAAGGAAGAGUCGUUGAAGAGCAGAAUGAAAAGAAAGCACAUCGAAAUGCUAUCCAGAUGUAGUAGAGAGGAACAGCAAUCGCGCAACGAGGUUCGGGAGGAAGAAUUGGACAAGGGGCACAACGGCAAUGGCUACUUCCGUUGAGUGUUGGAAUUUGUUUCAACUGUAUGAAACCAACAACAGCCUCAUCUCUAGCUAAACUACACUGGAAAUAAGUAAAAAAAUGCAGGGAAAGUAAGUAAAAUGCAACCCUAUAGGUAUAUAUGUAUGGUGCUUAAUUACUCGUUGCUUCAAUGCAAAAUCUAUAAUAUAGUUACUUGUUUGGCUAAAA